UCUGUUGGAUUUUGCGAUUACAUUCAUAUCGCGUGAGCGCACAAGUGUGAAUAUCUGAUGCAAAUAACUUUGUGUGACGCGUAACAUUUUACUUUUAAUUCAUAAUAUAUGAAAUCCGAUAUAUUAGAUUCUGAAAAUAAUUCAGAAUUUGAAGGAGAGCACAAUGAAUUCAUUCACAAGAAGAAUGAGAUGUUCGAAAAAAUUAUACAUAUGCCGACUCUUCCGAGCACUUUUAAUAGUCUCGUUGAGAAGACAGUGAAGCUAGAAACGGAUGAACCCCGAUGUGUUAUCGAAUUGCUAGCUGAUCUUUUAGGAGUUAAAGAUUACGAGAGUAACAAAACUGCUUUCUGGUUUUUGGAUAUAAUAGCUCUUCAAGUUUUACGUUACAAAAAUUGUCUAGAUGAUCAUUAUAGAAGUAUAUUAAUUAGUUGGUUGGCUGGCGAAAUGAAAUUAAUUCGAGAUAAAAAACUACUUCGCGAAAAUUUUUUUAAAGAAAUGAGAAUAUUAUUUCUCUAUGUUGCUGAAAAAUUAUCUGAUGGCGAUCGAUUGCUGCAUUGGGAGUUACUCAUGGAUGCAUAUUCUGAUAUUGUUUCACAAAAUUUUAUUUCUGAUGGGUCUAUCGACAGUAAAGCGGAAUAUUUAAAUACAAAUAAAUUACCUGAAAAGGAAUUAAUGGCAGAAGAUGAAUAUGCGUCCCAAGAAGACAAACUUAUUUUUGUUGGAAAAGACUUGAAAAAUUAUAAUGGAAAUAGACGUGUAACAAAUAAUCUGCAAGAGGAAUCCGACGUUCUGGAUGUAAUUGUUGAAGCGACAUACAACAUGUACGCUAAUGAAUUACGAUAUGCCCUUAUAUAUGCAGUUUUUGUAAAACCAAUACAAAUGCAAAUUUUUCUUAUGCCCCAUGCUUAUCAAAUACAACGUCAAAUUAAACUCGCACAUUCCGGAGGAUCAUUUGACAUACAGCUUCGUGAACGAUUAGAAGAGGUUGCUCGCGAAUCAAUUAACAAUGGAAAGAAAAUGACUGAUUACAUGAAAAAAGAUCAAAUGAUCGAAGAUUUCGAGAUUCCUCCAACACCACCACCUUCGUUAAAUGAGGAAGAAAUAUUAGCUAAUAAUUGUCGAUUUAUUCUACCAUUGAUAGAAGCGAACGAAGCGGCGCAGAUCUUCGAAAUGCAUACAGAGAAUUUCAUUGCGUGUGGACAAAACAACUACACUAUCCCUACCAGGAAUAGCCAAUUUACAACUGUAAAAAAAGUCACAUUUUAAUAAGGUAAAGAAUAAAACAAAAUUUUUAAAGA